UUACUAUUUUCUUUCAGGCAUGCCUUGCUACAGGGCCCAGACAAAACAAUGGCAUUUUCUAUGAAAUUCGCACCUACGAUAUUAAGCCAGCGAAGAUGAAGGAGUUUUUGGAAAUGGUCAACAAGUACUUUCACUUUCGCACCGCUCACUCGGAGCUGGUGGGAUUCUGGUACUCGGAGCUGGGAGCGAUGAACAAGGUGCUCCACAUUUGGAAGUACGAUAAUUUUGCCCACAGAACAGCAGUCCGGCACGCGCUAGCAAAUGACAAAGACUGGCAGGGAAAAUUCAUCUCUGCAGCUCUCCCCUUGGUAGAGAAGCAGCACAAUGAGGUUGCUUAUCUGGUGCCCUGGUGUCAGCUCGGGAAGCCUUCAAAGGAAGGGGGUGUAUAUGAAUGGGUUACUUUCCAGAUGAAGCCUGGUGGGCCAGCAUUGUGGGGUGAAGCAUUUCGAGCUGCAAUCAAUGCUCACAUCAACACAGGAUAUACCAAGCUGAUCGGUGUUUUCCACACAGAAUAUGGAUUACUUAACACAGUCCAUGUGUUAUGGUGGAACGAGAGCCCAGAUCACCGGGCAGCAGGAAGACACAGCGCCCAUGAAGAUGCCAGAGUUGUAGCAGCUGUGCGCGACAGUGUCAGAUUCUUGGAGUCCCAGCAAAAUGUGCUUCUGAUUCCUCUGCAAUGCUCACCACUGAAGUAACCUUCUUCUAAAGGAUGUAACUGAUGGCAGAAGAGACAAGAUGGAAGUGUCAGCAAGUGACAUGGACCCUCAUACCCUCAUGAGCUGUGCUGUUCUUCAGUGGACUAGAAAUGGAUGCAAAAUGCUGAUCCACUGGCAGUGUAAAUCAGCACUCUGAUACCAAAAACAGAAGUUUACGGUGAUGUUCCUACAUCUCCAGGACAAAGAACUUCAUGACACAAACCAUGUAUCACCAGCCUUCUAUUUUAAUCCCUAAGUUCUUAAUAAUUUUUUGCAUAGCUAGAUCACUUACCAAACUGAGAAAGUUAAGUACUCUUGUCCAGCAUUCCAGCCAGGGAUGGUAUCAUUUUUAUAACAUGCUUUGAUGCCCCUUAUAAUUAUCACAUCUUAGUUAGUCUAUACAGUUUUAAGAAGGAAAGCUCCCACAUAUAUCUUACCCACUUAUGUUUUAAUCUGACUUCUCACUGGCAUACUUUAUAUUAAUUCUGAGCAAUGUGCAACAUCAGUGGGGCUGAUCAGGUAGUGUAUCCUAAUGAGCUCUGCCAUGAGACUUUUUACAAAAUAACUUGUUAUGGCUUAUUUCAGCCUUUUCCUUUUUCAUUAAACACGGCCUCAAAACUGUGAGUUAUCCACACAAGCUUUGGCUGGGGCAUUUUAAUAUUUGUUUAGGGUGCUAAGGGUGAUUAGCCCUUCUUCUUCAAUUGUGUCAUCAGAAUCAACUGAUUUACAUGUGCUGUCAUUCUUUGAAAUACUUUUUCUCAGACUUUUAGUUGAAAGCUAAAUAAAUGAGCAUAAAGCAUUAAUUCUU